ACGGGGUUUCUGAAUGUAAUCCUUGUGGCUGUUGUGAACCGUUUGGGCUUUUAGUUCCAGGUUACUGAGAGAAAAUGCAAUGAAGUUUUUGAUGGCUGACAUGUACAGAAACCCUGCGCCUCUUCAAUUUGAUGACCCGGGCUCAGAUGUCAAGUAUGUCACCCUAUGUGUUGAAGAUCAGGACUGCCUAGGCCAGAUAAAGAAGCUGCAGGAGUAUUUCGAAAAGAUGCACAUUACCUCUGAACGUCUUCACAAACAGUCGGUGGUAAUAAAACAGAUCUGCAACUUGUUUCUGCAGUGCCGGCCGACUUUCCCUGGUUUAUGGCUUUCCAACAUAACGCCCGAUUCAUACAACGUUCCUGAAGUUCAUGAGUCUCGAAAGUUACUGAUGGCUGCUAUCUUGGAGCGACAUUGGACCAGAAUGGAUUGUGCCCCUGUCGCUUUUACAUUGCACAUAGUGGACAUGUGAUCAUGGCCAGUGAGGUUGGUGUUGUAGGCAUCUGCCAGAAGAUGUCGUUAGGAAAGGAAGACAUCUGAUUGGUCCAGAAGGGGACCUUACUGAAACAGUUCAUGUGGAAGGCUAGGAAAGGAAGACAUUUGUAGUUUGAUUUGAAAACUUUAAAUAGAGCAUUAAUUGUUUUAUUGAUAUUGUGCUGAUUGUUGUCUUGAUGAAUGUUCAAUGGGUGAAAUAUGCACAGGUUCAAUCAUUUGUUGAUUAUGAUAUUGUUAGCUUUG